GGCCCCGCCCCCAGCCCUUCAGCUGCGCUCCUAUUGGCUGAGAGGAAGGUCAGCUGCUGCAGCAAGGACGCACGUGUAGCUCCAGCUCGGCGCAUUUGAAGAUCAAGAUGGCAGCCUCCGUGUGUCGGUGCUACGAGCUGGUUGGCCGACGGGCCGUGGCCCUCUGCUCCCGGCCUCUGGUCCCCUCAGUGUGGAGAGGAGACGCCUACACGCUACACAGGAGUCCAGCUGCAACUGUGCAGGUUCGAUAUGCUUCCGGAGGUCGUAAAGGUUUUCUGGGAGAGUUUGUGGAUAACCUGCGUCAGGAAUUCAACAAGAAUCAGGAUAUGAAAGACAACAUAAAGAAGUUCAGAGAAGAGGCCAAGCGGCUUGACGAGUCUGAUGCUCUCCAACAAGCCCGCAGGAAAUAUAAAUCUAUAGAGUCUGAGACAGUGAAGACUUCCGAGGUGUUUAAGAAAACCUUUGGAUCUCUGUCGGAGACCGUCAAGGAGGGUCUUGAGGAAGUAACUCGUACUGACAUUGGGAAGAGGAUCAAGGAAAGUGUGGAGGGGGCUGCCAAGUCAGCAAUGCACUCUGCAGAGUCUGUGUCCAAAGGAGGAGAAAAACUGGGCAAAACCGGUGCAUUUAGGGCCAUCUCACAGGGUGUGGAGUCCAUGAAAAAUGAGAUAGAUGUCGGGGAUGACGGCUCUUACAGAGCCCCCCCACACCUGAGGAAGAGGAGCGAUUUCUCCUCCAAAGGAGCAGACGGCGACACAAGAGUGUUCGAUGCCAAUGAGGAGGAUAUGGGUGUCGUUCUCCACAAGGAUUCAAAGUGGUACCAGCAGUGGCAGGACUUUAAGGACAAUAAUGUCGUUUUUAACAGAUUCUUUGAUAUUAAGAUGAAAUAUGAUGAGAGUGACAAUGCGGUCGUCAGAGCAUCCAGAGCUGUGACUGACACUGUCACUGGAUUCCUAGGCGGUCUGUUCUCUAAGACAGAAAUGUCGGAGGUGCUGACGGAGAUUGUGAAGGCUGACCCCACUUUUGAUAAAGACAUUUUCCUCAAACAGUGUGAGAAAGACAUCAUUCCGAACAUACUGGAGGCUAUGAUCCGUGGAGAGCUGGAUGUAUUAAAAGACUGGUGCUAUGAAGCUACGUACAGUCAGCUGGCUCACCCCAUCCAGCAGGCCAGAGCUCUGGGGCUGCUCUUCCAGUCCAAAAUCCUGGACAUUGAUAACAUAGAUCUAGCGAUGGGUAAGAUGAUGGACCAGGGCCCAGUGCUGAUCAUCACCUUCCAGGCGCAGGUCGUCAUGGUGAUCCGCAGCCCCAAAGGAGACCUUGUGGAAGGAGAUCCGGAGAAGGUGAUGAGGAUGAUGUAUGUUUGGGCGUUGUGUCGGGAUCAGGAGGAGCUGAAUCCCAGCGCAGCCUGGAGACUCCUGGACAUCUCCGCCUCCAGCACGGAGCAGGCCCUCUAGGAGGAGGAAGAGGAGAAGCGCAGGUGAACAGGCUGACAUGGGACACGCUAACUGUGAAGAAGGGCAGACACAAGGAUGUGCUUGGAACACCUGCACACACUGACUCACACACAUCACUUCUGAGUAAACACUGCGCUCCUGCUCCUGUGUCAUGCCAGAGACUGUACCUGCACACACUUACAUUUCCCAUUGCUUUCCAGAGGAUUUAUGUGCACAUGUAUAUAUUCAUAAGCUCUAUGGAGCGAGGAUAUACGGACAAACAGCAGUAUAUGAUAUAUCCAUAGACAACCGGGGGUCCAUCAAUGUGUGUGUGUGUUGUCACUGGUUACCUUAGUGUUUGGGUUUCCAUGUGGAGCAGAACCUUUUUUAUUCAUUUUGAAUGGACAGAAACAUCUUUUUUUUUACAAACUGGCUUUCAUUCAAUGGUACAGUCACUCCAUACCUGUCUGGUGGUGAUAUCCAAGAAGAUAGUAAGUCUAAAAUGGACAUGGCAUCUGCGUCUUGAGAGGGAUAUCUGAAGCCUAAAACUAAGUUAAAUCUCCUCUCUCUUUGUCAAAUGAUGUCAACAGGAUACGAACAUUUGGGUAGUGUGAUGUGCAGUAACAAACAUAGCUGAGGGGGACAUGAGAGACCGGUUUGCAAAGCAAACAUGCUUCAAGUUGAAGGGGCGCAUCAUUUGACAUAAGCAGAUGAAUUCACCUGAGACGAGGAGUCUAUUCAACCUGUAAAAAUAGGAGGAAGCUUUUUAAAAUUCUGAUAAAAGAACCCUGAUGAUUUCAUCAGUUUCCUCAGAUUGGACUUGAAACACAUUUCUAACAGAAACCCUGUUUGGUGAAUUUAGGAUUUGGAAAGAAAAGAGCAUUUAAUAGGCAGGAAGGAUCUGACGCCGAUAAACUAAAGAGGCCAUUAACUUGCAGUAUGGGAAAUAUAGGAUCCGGUGUUUUUUAACCUUGACUCGUACUAAAAAUAAAAAUGAAGAUAUGUAAGCCUCUGUUAUUUUUAUUUGAAGCAUUCUUUUUAAAACGUGUCUCCUGUGAGUCUCCAAACUGUGAUAGACUGCAGAAUUUAAAGGCUGGAAUACAACUUUAAGGCUUCAUUGCAACUCUAACUUCGCGCAGAGUCUCAAAAGUCCAUGAGAUUUAUAAUAAGGAUUUCAUCAUCUGCCUAAAUCUGUGAAGAUCUGCCAAAAAACGUGUAAUCACUAUUCCUAUGUAGACGCUCAAUGUAAUAUAACCGUCCACUUUCAGGAGUAUGUCCAUCCCAUUAAAGACCCCUUAACGACGAUGUGUUUAAAUCACCAUUAAAAUACACAUUAGAGAAGGUGAAAAUAACAAUCAUUUUACAUUCUUUAGUUUUUUUUAGAGAGAAAAGUUUUAUUUUCUUUAGGCCAAAUGACCAUUGAAAGAAAAUCCUCUUAGGAAAAUCACAAUUCACCUGUGAUGGUCCCUACUGGCUUACACAUCAGAAAUGUAUCAAAAGUAAAAUAGUUUACCAAAUAAGAAAAUGUUUGAACCAUAUGUCAUGUGUACUGUAGCUCAGAUCGGCUAAUGCACUACAGAAAACACAAACAACUGGAUAAAACAGAAUAAGCCGUCUUGUGUACUUUUUUCCAGUUGCAAAGCAUUGGGCAUCAAGACUGUAUAUUCUGUACACCCUUAUAUAAGAAGAACUGUAUUGUAUCUACAUAUUAAUAUAAGCUCUGAACUCCUUGUACAUAUAUUAAAUGUGGAGUAAUUCUUCUUUGUAAGUUUGGCUGGGACCACAAUCAUAUGUCAUCAUGGCAGCUUCAUUGUUUCAGGAUCAUUUGCCAUCUCAUGUUGUACAUUUUUCAGCCGUUUGUUUUACUGAAGUAUUUGGUUUACUUUUAUUUGUCGUUUUUUUAAGGGGUUAGUGCUGAAGACGAAAACUAGAAUGAAUAAGCACAUUACUGUACUGAUGUGAUGACUGGUUUGACAUUCAUACAGUAUGAUACUCACAUGUCACUGAAGAUUGAACACAUUUUGACUGUACUGAACUCUCAGUCCUCGAUUACAUUUUCAUUCAUCGGAAGAAAUGUCCAUAACUGUGAAGGAGAAGCCCCUCAUGAAUAUUUUUAGUGCCUGGAUUUUACCGCAACUAAUUCAGCAUGUUUUAUUCGUUUAACAGUUGUCGUUAAUAUGAUUUGACAUGGUGUUACUAACUGAAAAACAUGACUGAUAGUCACACUAUGCACACCAUCCUGUGUGUGUGCUGUUGACUUGAGUCACCCCUGGGGGUAAAACAACACAUGUUGAGGAUUUUGGGACAACUGAUGGGUGGAUUUGUUGCUAAACGUGCAUGAUAAGCUGUAAAGAGAGAUGAAGUGAAAACCUGUAACUCAGUACUAGCAUGAGAACAUGUUCCCUGCCUACAGCUGGUCAACUGCAAGACACCUCAACAGCUAUUGGACAGAUUGCAUUUGAAUAAAGUAUGUUUGUUCUCCAGAAAAUAA